CCUUCCGAAUGUUCAACCCUUCUUCAUGCGAUGGAAAAUCAAGGUUGUGUUACCUAGCUGCUAUGCGGGAUAUGUGAUCCAUACGUAAUAUGUGAUCUAUCGCCAGAAAGAUAUUGGUGACUUUAAAAAUGAUGAACUUUAUUCACUGUUCUCGUAUGGACUUUGCAUUUUCAACUUUUUGGCUGACAUUGUUCUAUAUGAUGCUGGCUCAAUGCAUCACAGGAGGAACAGUUGUCGAGGGUGAUAUGAUGUCAACUCCUGAAUCUUCAGCUGUACCUACGAAUACCAUUUCAGCUGCACCUGGGUCGUCUCUUGAAAAUCCCACUGCGCCCAACUUGGUAGAAUCAACUGAUGGUACUAAUGGCACUCAACCUGUGCCCAACAAUGCAUCCACUGUUGUAGAAUCAACUGAUGGUACUAAUGGCACUCAACCUGUGCCCAACAAUGCAUCCACUGUUGUAGAAUCAACUGAUGGUACUAAUGGCACUCAACCUGUGCCCAACAAUGCAUCCACUGUUGUAGAAUCAACUGAUGGUACUAAUGGCACUCAACCUGUGCCCAACAAUGCAUCCACUGUUGUAGAAUCAACUGAUGGUACUAAUGGCACUCAACCUGUGCCCAACAAUGCAUCCACUGUUGUAGAAUCAACUGAUGGUACUAAUGGCACUCAACCUGUGCCCAACAAUGCAUCCACUGUUGUAGAAUCAACUGAUGGUACUAAUGGCACUCAACCUGUGCCCAACAAUGCAUCCACUGUUGUAGAAUCAACUGAUGGUACUAAUGGCACUCAACCUGUGCCCAACAAUGCAUCCACUGUUGUAGAAUCAACUGAUGGUACUAAUGGCACUCAACCUGUGCCCAACAAUGCAUCCACUGUUGUAGAAUCAACUGAUGGUACUAAUGGCACUCAACCUGUGCCCAACAAUGCAUCCACUGUUGUAGAAUCAACUGAUGGUACUAAUGGCACUCAACCUGUGCCCAACAAUGCAUCCACUGUUGUAGAAUCAACUGAUGGUACUAAUGGCACUCAACCUGUGCCCAACAAUGCAUCCACUGUUGUAGAAUCAACUGAUGGUACUAAUGGCACUCAACCUGUGCCCAACAAUGCAUCCACUGUUGUAGAAUCAACUGAUGGUACUAAUGGCACUCAACCUGUGCCCAACAAUGCAUCCAUUGUUGUAGAAUCAACUGAUGGUACUAAUGGCACUCAACCUGUGCCCAACAAUGCAUCCACUGUUGUAGAAUCAACUGAUGGUACUAAUGGCACUCAACCUGUGCUCAACAAUGCAUCCACUGUUGUAGAAUCAACUGAUGGUACUAAUGGCACUCAACCUGUGCCCAACAAUGCAUCCACUGUUGUAGAAUCAACUGAUGGUACUAAUGGCACUCAACCUGUGCCCAACAAUGCAUCCACUGUUGUAGAAUCAACUGAUGGUACUAAUGGCACUCAACCUGUGCCCAACAAUGUAUCCACUGUUGUAGAAUCAACUGAUGGUACUAAUGGCACUCAACCUGUGCCCAACAAUGCAUCCACUGUUGUAGAAUCAACUGAUGGUACUAAUGGCACUCAACCUGUGCCCAACAAUGCAUCCACUGUUGUAGAAUCAACUGAUGGUACUAAUGGCACUCAACCUGUGCCCAACAAUGCAUCCACUGUUGUAGAAUCAACUGAUGGUACUAAUGGCACUCAACCUGUGCUCAACAAUGCAUCCACUGUUGUAGAAUCAACUGAUGGUACUAAUGGCACUCAACCUGUGCCCAACAAUGCAUCCACUGUUGUAGAAUCAACUGAUGGUACUAAUGGCACUCAACCUGUGCCCAACAAUGCAUCCACUGUUGUAGAAUCAACUGAUGGUACUAAUGGCACUCAACCUGUGCCCAACAAUGCAUCCACUGUUGUAGAAUCAACUGAUGGUACUAAUGGCACUCAACCUGUGCCCAACAAUGCAUCCACUGUUGUAGAAUCAACUGAUGGUACUAAUGGCACUCAACCUGUGCCCAACAAUGCAUCCACUGUUGUAGAAUCAACUGAUGGUACUAAUGGCACUCAACCUGUGCCCAACAAUGCAUCCACUGUUGUAGAAUCAACUGAUGGUACUAAUGGCACUCAACCUGUGCCCAACAAUGCAUCCACUGUUGUAGAAUCAACUGAUGGUACUAAUGGCACUCAACCUGUGCCCAACAAUGCAUCCACUGGUGUAGAAUCAACUGAUGGUACUAAUGGCACCCAACCUGUGCCCAACAAUGCAUCCAAUGUUGUAGAAUCAACUGAUGGUGCUAAUAUCACUCAACCUGGGUCGUCAGCUGUGUAUCCCACUGUGCCCACCAUGGUAGAACCAACUGAUGGUGCUAAUGGCACUCAACCUGGGUCAUCAGCAGUGUACCCCACUGUGCCCAACAAUGCAUCCAAUGUUGGAGAAUCAACUGAUGGUGCUAAUGGCACUCAACCUUGGUCGUCAGCUGUGUAUCCCACUGUGCCCAACAAUGCAUCCAAUGUUGUAGAAUCAACUGAUGGUGCUAAUGGCACUCAACCUGGGUCGUCAGCAGUGUAUCCCACUGUGCCCAACAAUGCAUCCAAUGUUGUAGAAUCAACUGAUGGUAAUAAUGGCACUCAACCUGUGUCGUCAGCUGUGUAUCCCACUGCGCCCAACAAUGCAUCCACUGUUGGAGAAUCAACAGAUGGUGCUAAUGGCACUCAACCUGGGUCCUCAGCUGUGUAUCCCACUGCGCCCAACAAUGUAUCAAAUGUUGUAGAAUCAACUGAUGGUUCUAAUUACACUCAACCUGGGUUGUCAACUGUGUAUCCUACUGUGCCCACCAUGGUAGAACCAACUGAUGGUGCUAAUGGCACUCAACCUGGGUCGCAGUCUGUGUAUCCCUCUGCGCCUAACAAUGCAUCCACUGUUGGAGAAUCAACUGAUGGUGCUAAUGGCACUCAACCUGGGUUGUCAGCUGUGUAUCCUACUGUGCCCACCAUGGUAGAACCAACUGAUGGUGCUAAUGGCACUCAACCUGGGUCGCAGUCUGUGUAUCCCUCUGCGCCCAACAAUGCAUCCACUGUUGGAGAAUCAACUGAUGGUGCUAAUGGCACUCAACCUGGGUUGUCAGCUGUGUAUCCUACUGUGCCCACCAUGGUGGAAUCAACUGAUGGUACUAAGACCACUCCACCUGGGUCGUCAGCUGUGUAUCCCACUGCGCCCAACAACGCAUCCAUUGUUGGCGAAUCAACUGAUGGUGCUAAUGGCACUCAACCUGGGUCGUCAGCAGUGUAUCCCACUGUGCCCAACCAUGCAUCCAAUGUUGUAAAAUCAACUGUCGGUGCUAAUGGCACUCAACCUGGGUCGUCAGCUGUGUAUCCCACUGUGCCCACCUUGGUGAAAUCAACUGAUGGUACUAAGACCACUCCACCUUGGUUGUCAGCUGUGUAUCCCACUACGACCAACAAUGCAUCCACUGUUGGAGAAUCAACUGAUUGUGCUAAUGGCACUCAACUUGGGUCGUCAGCUGUGUAUCCCACUGUGCCCAACAAUGCAUCCACUGUUGGAGAAUCAACUGAUGGUGCUAAUGUCACUCAACCUGGGUCGUCAGCUGUGUAUCCCACUGUACCUAACAAUGCAUCCACUGUUGGAGAAUCAAGUGAUGGUGCUAAUGGCACUCAACCUGGGUCGUCAGCAGUGUAUCCCACUGUGCCUAACAAUGCAUCCAAUGUUGUAGAAUCAACUGAUGGUGCUAAUAUCACUCAACCUGGGUCGUCAGCUGUGUAUCCCACUGUACCCACCAUGGUGGAAUCAACUCAUGGUACUAAGACCACUCCACCUGGGUCGUCAGCUGUGUAUCCCACUGUGCCCAACAAUGCAUCCAAUGUUGUAGAAUCAACUGAUGGUGCUAAUAUCACUCAACCUGGGUCGUCAGCUGUGUAUCCCACUGUACCCACCAUGGUGGAAUCAACUCAUGGUACUAAGACCACUCCACCUGGGUCGUCAGCUGUGUAUUCCACUGUGCCCAACAAUGCAUCCACUGUUGUAGAAUCAACUGAUGGUUCUAAUUACACUCAACCUGGGUCGUCAGCUGUGUAUCCCACUGUGCCCACCAUGGUAGAACCAACUGAUGGUGCUAAUGGCACUCAACCUGGGUCGUCAGCAGUGUAUCCCACUGUGCCCAACAAUGCAUCCAAUGUUGGAGAAUCAACUGAUGGUGCUAAUGGCACUCAACCUGGGUUGUCAGCUGUGUAUCCUACUGUGCCCACCAUGGUAGAACCAACUGAUGGUGCUAAUGGCACUCAACCUGGGUCGCAGUCUGUGUAUCCCUCUGCGCCCAACAAUGCAUCCACUGUUGGAGAAUCAACUGAUGGUGCUAAUGGCACUCAACCUGGGUUGUCAGCUGUGUAUCCUACUGUGCCCACCAUGGUGGAAUCAACUGAUGGUACUAAGACCACUCCACCUGGGUCGUCAGCUGUGUAUCCCACUGCGCCCAACAACGCAUCCAUUGUUGGCGAAUCAACUGAUGGUGCUAAUGGCACUCAACCUGGGUCGUCAGCAGUGUAUCCCACUGUGCCCAACCAUGCAUCCAAUGUUGUAAAAUCAACUGUCGGUGCUAAUGGCACUCAACCUGGGUCGUCAGCUGUGUAUCCCACUGUGCCCACCGUGGUGAAAUCAACUGAUGGUACUAAGACCACUCCACCUUGGUUGUCAGCUGUGUAUCCCACUACGACCAACAAUGCAUCCACUGUUGGAGAAUCAACUGAUUGUGCUAAUGGCACUCAACUUGGGUCGUCAGCUGUGUAUCCCACUGUGCCCAACAAUGCAUCCACUGUUGGAGAAUCAACUGAUGGUGCUAAUGUCACUCAACCUGGGUCGUCAGCUGUGUAUCCCACUGUACCUAACAAUGCAUCCACUGUUGGAGAAUCAAGUGAUGGUGCUAAUGGCACUCAACCUGGGUCGUCAGCAGUGUAUCCCACUGUGCCUAACAAUGCAUCCAAUGUUGUAGAAUCAACUGAUGGUGCUAAUAUCACUCAACCUGGGUCGUCAGCUGUGUAUCCCACUGUACCCACCAUGGUGGAAUCAACUCAUGGUACUAAGACCACUCCACCUGGGUCGUCAGCUGUGUAUCCCACUGUGCCCAACAAUGCAUCCAAUGUUGUAGAAUCAACUGAUGGUGCUAAUAUCACUCAACCUGGGUCGUCAGCUGUGUAUCCCACUGUACCCACCAUGGUGGAAUCAACUCAUGGUACUAAGACCACUCCACCUGGGUCGUCAGCUGUGUAUUCCACUGUGCCCAACAAUGCAUCCACUGUUGUAGAAUCAACUGAUGGUUCUAAUUACACUCAACCUGGGUCGUCAGCUGUGUAUCCCACUGUGCCCACCAUGGUAGAACCAACUGAUGGUGCUAAUGGCACUCAACCUGGGUCGUCAGCAGUGUAUCCCACUGUGCCCAACAAUGCAUCCAAUGUUGGAGAAUCAACUGAUGGUGCUAAUGGCACUCAACCUGGGUCGUCAGCUGUGUAUCCCACUGUGCCCACCGUGGUGAAAUCAACUGAUGGUACUAAGACCACUCCACCUUGGUUGUCAGCUGUGUAUCCCACUACGACCAACAAUGCAUCCACUGUUGGAGAAUCAACUGAUUGUGCUAAUGGCACUCAACCUGGGUCGUCAGCUGUGUAUCCCACUGUGCCCAACAAUGCAUCCAAUGUUGUAGAAUCAACUGAUGGUUCUAAUUACACUCAAUCUGGGUCGUCAGCUGUGUAUCCUACUGUGCCCACCAUGGUGGAAUCAACUGAUGGUUCUAAUGGCACUCAACCUGGGUCGUCAGCUGUGUAUCCCACUACGACCACUAUGGUAGUAUCAACUGAUGGUACUAAUGGUACUCAAUCUUGGUCGUCAGAUGUGUAUCCCACUACGACCACCAUGGUAGAUUCAACUGUAGGUACUACUGUUACCCCACCUGAGUCGACACUUGUAAAACCCAAAACGGUCUCCAUGGUAGAAUUAAAUUUGGCUGCUCAUACCACUCCACCUUGGACGUCAACUGUAGCACCCACUGUUGAAUCAACUCUGAGUAAUUUUGCCUUUCCCACUGUGUCGUCACUUGUAAACCCCAUUGCGGCCACCACUUCAGAUUCAACCCAGAAUACUGCUUUCCAUCCAAAGAGUUUUACUUUUGUAAAUAAUCGACCAGGAAGUACGUUGAAAAAUACCUCAAGUGACACAAAAGCUUUGAGAAAACAAAUCGAUUUUAUCAACAGUCCCCUAAAUCAACCAAGCUUAAAAAAAGAAAAUAAGAAAUACCACGCAGAAGAUGAUGACACGACUCAUGUUUUUAAGUAUGAAGCAAAGAAUAACACUUAUCAUGAUUUGAUGUCUAUGAAAAAGAAUGACACAUAUUCAUAUGAUUUCGGUAAUAACAGUACCACGGAACGUUCCAACAAGUCUACUAUCACUCCGAUUUAUGGAGCUACUAAGCCUGACGGGACGAUGUCUAAUUCACCCCUUAAUGGACCCACUAACUCAAACUGGAUUUCAGAACUCUUCAUUGCUCAGACAGUGAUUAGCUUCGUUGUGUACGUCAUCCUGGUGGUACUUUUGGCGAUUUUGGUUGGAAGACGUCGUAAAGCUAGGGUCCACAGGCGUAAUUUAGGAUUGGAACUGGACUAUUUUGCCUAAACCAUGAGUGCUGCAUAUUAAAAAAUGAAAACAAAACAAGUGCUAAAUAAUCAAGUGUGAUUUCUUGGAUGCCUUACAAGACGUUAAAUUAGUUAACACUUUUCUUUUUUUCAAUUUUCUUUUUGACUUUAAAACAAGAACAGCAUUGUGCGGUGUUUUCAUAAUGUUUACCCAAAAACGUUUUUGUAGAUAUUUUAAAAUAAUUUAAAAGCCUAAAAAGUUCUCUUUUCAGAAUGUAUCUUUUUAUUUUUUAUAGAAUUAUUUGUUCCAAAUGUUUUUUUUAAAGAAACAUGAAAAUUGUACAUUUUUAAAUACAAGGGUUG